AGGGGGCUGACGGACGAGGCAAGUUGGAGAGAGAUCGCCGCGGAAGAGUGCAUCGUCGAGGAGCCGUGCUGAGGGCGCUUUUGGAGGGAGCGGGUCGUAAAAAGGAUCCUUGGAAAAAUGAGCUUCGCACCGGAUCAGCUGUUUUGCUUACGAUGGAACAAUCACCAGGCGAACAUAGUCGAAGUGUUCGACAAAUUGUUGGAGAACGAGACGUUUACGGACGUGACGUUGGCGGUCGACAACGGGGUGUUCGUGAAAUGUCACAAAAUGGUACUGGCAGCUUGUUCGACUUAUUUUCAAAGUUUGUUCACCGAGCUGCCGUGCACACAUCCGAUCGUCGUUCUCAAGGACAUAAAGUACGCGGAGAUCAAAGAAAUCCUCGAGUACAUGUACACCGGGGAGGUCAAAGUCGCCAAGGAGCAUCUGACCCAAUUCGUGAGAAUCGCCAACAUCCUCCAGGUCAAAGGCCUCAUGGCUGACAGCACGUCGCUGACCAUCUCGGAGCUCGUAACCCGCAACGACGAGGUCAUAAGCGCCAGCACUCUCAACAACGCUGCACAAAUAUUCGAGGGCAACGCUCCCAACGCCCCGCAAUCUUCGCCCCCGCAUUCCACCAGCUCGCCUUAUUACGGAUACAACGGAUCGCCGACGCGACGAAAUCAACGCUCGAAUCUUCCCCUCCCGAUGUGGCCGCUCGUCCCACCCGGACACAAUUCCUCUCUCGACCUGGCGGCCGCCUUCCAAUCCUCCCUCCCCAUGAGACACUCGCUCUUCUCUUCCGACUACGAGAACACCCGGGAAGCCACGCCGUCGAGCUCGCGAAGGACAAAAUCUUCCGGCGGUAGCAACGGCGGCCCCCCAAGGAAUCACGACACGCCGAUACUGCGCACCGUCCUCGGUCAAGGUCACGUCGACAGCUCGAUAUCGCACAGCAACUCCGAUCCUCACGAGUACCGAAGCCACAGCAACGAUUCAGCCAACAACGACAAUGACGCCAGACGCACCAGUGCCGACGCACCCAAUCGACCACCUUCUCACAGCCCGUACACGACCGAUGCAUCCAUCAUGGAAGACCCCGAUCGACAGACCUCCCCUCCCUCGCGCUCCGAUGACGGAAGAAACGGCAUAGCGAACUACGUGGCAACGGCUCAGAGACCGGAAUGGAAGCGUUACAAGCAGUACACGAGGGCCGACAUAUCCAACGCAAUUGAGGCUGUAAGACAUGGCAUGAGCGCACUCCAGGCUGCCCGAAAGUUCGGCGUUCCCUCGAGGACCCUUUACGACAAAGUUAAGAAACUUGGUAUAACGACGUCAAGACCCUUCAGACGCAGUUCAAACAGCAGUGGCGCUUGUUUCCCGUACGGCCUCGGUGGCAACGUUAACGGAAGUAUUUACGGCACUGUUUCCGAGAGCGAGAACGACAACAGCAACGUAUUGAUGGACAAUCCGGCUGCAUUGCUCGAAACCGCUUUUGCCGAAUCCCGCGAAGAAUCGUCGAGAGAUCGCGAAUCGAUGAUGGAAGUGUCGCGAGCCAGUCCGAGUCCGCCGCGACCCCCGCCGCUCUAUGCGCAUCGACCAAUGUCGACAGAAGAUAUCUCUCAUCAAGAAACGAGCGACGAGGUCGAACCUCAAGUCGAAGACUUGUCAAUCAAUCGAAGAUCCGACGUACGCGUCAUAAUGUCACCGAAAGUCACGGUCAAAGAGGAAAACUAGAGAGAGAGAGAGAGAGAGAGGGGCUUGUGAGCAUGAGAUUACGCGAAAAAUAAUGGCUCCCAUAAUUUUCACCAUUUUUCUUCCAAUAUCGAAGAAAUUACGAAUUUUUUCAUUUGAAUAAUUCAAAAAAUGGCAGCACUUAUUGUUCCCUCACGAUCGAAUUCAAUGUAAUUAUUAACGAGACGAAUGAACACGGUCCGUGCGUUUUUCCUUGGAAAAACGGCUUCGAAAGCUUUCGUAUAUAACGUGAAUGAAACACAAAAAUGGUGAAAAUAGGUCGAUUUUGAAGAAAAAAAAAAAAACACUGACGUAUAAGCAGGUAGAAGAAUUGUGAUUCGACUCGAGAAUGCAAUUCGUACAGGCGCAAUCGUACUUUAUAUAAAUGAACA